AUGAGACAUACCAAGCUCGAAAAUUUUGAAAAUUUGCCCACUGCCGUCAUAGAUCUUAAAGAAGCCUUUAUCAACCUUAUCAAUAAUGUUGAUGAUAAUGUUACCGAGGAAAAAAGAAAAGAAUUUACCAAUUUCGCGAAAAGUAUUGAUGAAGGCACCUUAGACGAAGCUGCUUUCAAGGAAAUCAAUGAACUCUCUAAUCUCUAUAUAAGAAUUGAGGAAAAAUCUCAACAAAUUUAUGAGAUUUUGAUUCAAAUAGAUGGCUGUAAUCCUGAUUACGGAAAAAGUUGGGCACCUGAAUGGGACAAAUUAUGUAGAAAAUAUAAAGAUCUAAUUAUCAACUCGAAAAGAGAUGCCGCGACAUUGUCUAAUUAUGCCAAAAAUCUCGUCAAAAAAGUUCUUCCAGUUCUAAUGAAUGACAAAGUGUCUGAGAAAAGAAAAGAAAAGUUAAUAAACCAAAUCAAAGAGUCUAUUAAAAAUAAUCAAGAGAAGGCAAAAAAAAACGCCCUCGAUUUUGAUCAAUACAUGCGGGAUGUUUUAAAGUUCAGAGUGAAUUAUAAUAGUUGGGCUCAAGACAAUCUUGUGAAGAUAGAGAACUUAAAAGCUGAAAUCAAUAAGUUGAAAGAAGAAAUUACACGUUAUGAUAAUGAUAUUCAUAAAACUUCGUUUAAGAUAGGAAGUAUUUGCGGCAUUGCUUUCCUUGGCAUUUCUAUUUUUGUUGCAGCAUAUUUUGCACCUGCUGCGCUCCUCUCGUUUAAGUAUAUCGCGGCUGGAACUGUUGGAACACUUGGAACGUUUGGGGCUGGCUAUGGCUGUUCCUAUGCAGUUCUCAAGACAAAAAUAUCUGGUAUGAAAAAUGAGCUCGGUAAAAAAGAAGAAGAACUUAUUAUGACACUAAAAGCGUCUGAAUUGUCCGGACAAAUCAUCGAACCAUUAAAUGAAUUUUCUCGUAUUACAAAAAUUAUUUCUAAAAUCUGGGAAGUUAUCGUUCGCUGUUUGGAUUAUUUUUUGAAUGAAUCGAAUUAUCUCCUGUUUUUGAACAAUACGCCGGGAGAGUUUGAAUCUCUCGCAAAAUAUUGGAUUGUACUUGCCGAAUGUUUAGAUAGAUAUGUUGCUGAGGUAACUAAGGUUGAUUAA